AAAAAAGAUAUAUUAUCAUUAUCUGUGGGUCCCCUCGAAAAGUCCAAAAUUAAAAUUAAAAACAAAUUUCUGUUAAUAGUUGUCUCUUGCAUUUUUCUAUUAUUAUAUAAAUAAUUUUAAACCAUAGACUGUUAUACUAGUUUUAAAUCAUUACUAGAGAUAGUUGAUCUCCGCUACCUAUUAUUAUUCAUAUUAUUAUAUAUAAUUCACUCAUCUAUAAAAAUCAGUUUGUAAGCUGAUUCUACAAAAUUAAAUACCUUUUAAGAAAAGGUAUUUGUACAAAACCAACGAAGAAUUUACCCUAUGUUAUUUAAUGAUCUGUGAUCCUUAUCUGAUGAAAAAUGAAAGAAUUUGUAGCUGAAAAUAAUAUUUGUGGCCAAACAAUAUUGCUUCUUGUUUCAAGAGGAAAUGCUAUCAUCGCAGAAUUGCUCAGAUUAAAAGACUAUGUUCCCAAAGUAUUUAAAUUAGAAAAUAAGGAAGAUGUACAAAAAUAUGGUCAGAUUAUCUUUGAUUUUGCUUAUUUUAAAACGUCCGAUGUAUUAGAGGAUCAAAUUGAAAGUAAUGAAAAUUUGCGAGACUUAGAUGAAGAGUUUCGAGAUAAUCACUUGGAAAUACUAAAACGUUUUUAUUUACUUUUUGAAAGUAUUCACAGUUACAUAAUAGACCUAAACAAAUAUAUAGAGGAAUUAGAAACAGGAUUUUAUCUAAAUUAUUCCCUCGAUAUUGUGUUUUUAGAUAUAGAGGGGAAACAAUUAUUGUGUGAAGGGUUAUUUCUGUAUGGACUAAUGUUAUUAUUAAUGGAUAGUUCAAUUGAAGGUUGUGUAAGAGAAAGGCUUUUGGUCUCUUACUAUAGAUACACCUCUCAAAGAAAAAAUACUAAGAGUUCUUUUGAUGAGGUUUGUAAAUUGUUACGUGACACAGGUUUUACUGCUACAAAGAAACCCAUGAAUUACCCUGAAGAUUAUUUUAAAAGAAUACCAAUCAAAAUUGAUUAUAUUGAACUGGUAAUUGGUAGAUUGCGUGCAGAUGAUAUAUAUUCUCAAAUUACAUAUUAUCCAUUACCAAAACAUAGAAGUACAGCAUUAUCAACCCAGGCAUCCAUGCUUUAUAUAUCCUUAUUUUUUGCCAGUCCUAUUCUUCAUUCUCAAGCUGCUACAAUGAGAGAAAUUGUAGAUAAAUUUUUCUCAGACAACUGGAUUAUUUCAGUUUACAUGGGCCACUUAGUUAAUUUAAUUGAAAGCUGGGAUAAUUUCAAAGCAGCUAAACUAGCCUUGAACAAUACUCUUGACAUAUCUAAUAUCAAGAUGUGUGCAUCCAAUUAUGGAACAAAUGUACAAGAACUGCUAAAAACAACUGGAAAUUUAUUAAAAGAAGGUACAAUAACCAGGGAUACUUUUUUAAAAGAUACAAACAGUAUAAUCAACACAUUAAGAGAAUCAAAUGCCACAAUACGUUGGCUGAUAUUACAUACUAGAAAUGAACAUUUAGACAGAUCCAAAAAAGUGAAACAAUACAGAGAUCUCACCAUUGCAGAAUCUAAUUGUGAACAAUCUAAUAUAUUUAAGUUGUUGCUAAAUACUGCUCAGCUAGAAUUAGUCAGUAAGGAACUAUUUCAAAAAGUCUUAAAUGAUAAGAGCAAAAGAUGGGAAUCAUUCAAACAAGAUAGCUGUGAGAGUCUGUCAGAGUUGUCUGAAGUAUUUGGUGGUACUAAACCUUUAUCUAAAAUAAAGAAAAAUGAAAAUCUAGAAGCGUGGUUUAAAGAAAUUGCUAAACAGGUAGAAUCUCUAAAUGAAGAGGAUUCUAAUUCUUCAAGGAAAUUAGUUCAAUUAAUACAGGCAUUAGAGGAAGUCCAAGAGUAUCAUCAACUAGAUAAUAAUUUGCAAGUUGUGCAGUGUUUAAUUGAUAUCAGAAACAAUCUGCAUCUAAUGAUUAAAACAAUGAACAUAAAGGAGGAUGUCCUUAUUAAUUUACAAAUUAUUGGAGAUAUAAGUUAUGCUUGGGAAUUAAUAGAUGUUUAUACACCAAUUAUGCAGAAUGGAAUAAAAAAGGAACCAAAAUUGGUUACCAAAUUAAGAGCUGUAUUUUUAAAACUAGCUUCUGCUAUGGAAUUUCCUCUUAUAAGGAUAAAUCAAGCUCACUCGGAAGAUCUCAUUUCAGUUUCAGAAUAUUACAGUAGAGAGUUAGAAAUCUACAUCAGAAAAGUGUUACAAAUUAUUCCAAAGUCAAUGUUUCAAAAGCUAGGUAGGAUAAUCGAAAUACAAAGGUCAGUUUUAAAGGAAAUUCCUGCUAGUAUAGAAAAAGAAAAAUUAAAAGAGUAUGCUCAGUUGGAGGAGAGAUUUGAAUUUGCAGAACUAACUCAUCUAGCAUCAAUUUUCAGCCAGGGAAUGCUCAUGAUGAAAAGUACCCUUGUUGGUGUGGUAAGGUUGGAUGCCAAGAAACUCCUUGAAGAUGGUAUCAGGAAGGAGUUAGUCCAAUACAUAUCUGAAGCUUUGCAUUCGGAACUAAAAUUUGAAACAAAGUCUAAACUAAAUCUAAAAGAAAAACUGAAAUUAUUGGGAUGUACUAUGGAAGGAUAUAAAAAGUCAUUUGAAUAUAUUCAGGAUUAUAUCAAUGUAAAUGGGUUGAAAAUUUGGCAAGAAGAAGUUACCAGAAUUAUAAACUACAAUGUUGAACAAGAAUGUAACAGUUUUUUACGAAACAAAACACAUUUUUGGCAAAGUGCAUUUCAAAGUAGGUAUGUCCCUAUACCUAGUUUUCCAUCUACCGACGAAAGUGUGAAUUUUAUCGGAAGAUUAUCCAGAGAAAUUAUAAAGUUAACUGAUCCAAGAUCAGCUGUAUAUUUAAAAGAAACGUCGACUUGGUAUGAUAUAAAACAUCAUAAGCCAAUAUUCAAUAAAGUUACUGUAGACUCUAUAUCUCAAGUUAUAGAAAUAGCUGGUUUAGUUGGAUUAGAUAGACUAUUUUCUUUCAUGAUAACAACAGCUUUGCAGAAAAUAGUAUUGCUACUGGAAAUGAAAGAUAAACAAAACAAUUCCUGGUUAAAUGUAAUGACUACUAUAAAAAGUGAUUUGAAAAACAGCAACAUAUCAGAUAUGCAAAAUCCUCUGAAAACUUAUCAAGUUUACAUUAACAGAGCUACUAAAAUUUGGGCUGAAUUCUUAGAUAAACUUCUUUUAAUUGGCCAAUUGCAACUGCUGAGAAAUUUAAUUAAUUUAUGUUUGAAUAACUCGUGUCGCUUUAAUGCCAACGAUUUGUUGUCAGCUUUGCGUUGUCUGGACAAGGCAUUGAUGAUACAAAUUAAAGAGGACGACAAACACCCUUCUGAAGGAUUCUUGUUUAAGAUAAGCGAGUAUUUCAAUUAUGCCGGUCUGGGAGCACCCUUGGAUAAAAUAUAUGUUACGUCGAAAAGCGAGUUGGAUCAUUCUAUUGCGUUAUUUAUUUUCGUUUUAGCACACGUUAAUAAAAUGUUUUUACCGCAAAUAUCGGGUCAGUACCGAAAAAACGAUCAGAUUGACGGUGUAGCUGUGUCAGUAGGAAUUCAUACUAUCGUAAAACAAUUUCACACGAACGUAAAUAAAGAGUUUAUAAAACUAAUAUGUGAAUAUAUUAUUCAACUAAUAAAAUUUAAUAAGCUAAAAAAUAACGAAACUGGGCUAGAGGUUACUUUAAUGUUAAACUUUAUGAAUUGUUAUACUGAUUACUCCGAAUGCAGUAGAAAGUUUUUCAGAGAAUAUCUACCAGACGAGAUAUUGUAUACAUAUACACAGUAAUAUUAAUAUUGUUUAUGUCUAAGGUAAAUAAUAUUUGUAUAUACUCUUUGUUAUAUAU